CCUACUUGAGUAUAGCCGGGUAGAGGGAGCAUGAGGAUCUAACCAAAUUCCUCACCCGGUGGAAGGAUGAAGUUGACAAGGUGGAGGAGAUGGACGAAAAAACCGCUAUGUCCCUCCUGGUCUCUGGACUCCGUUCCGGAGAAUUGUACAAAGAAUUUUGCAGGAGACCUCCUCAGUCCUACCAAGAGGUCUACAACACGGCUUGGGAUUAUGCAGAUGCUGAGGCUCAGGUUUCUUCCAAAAGGGAAGCCGAGCAAGGCCACCUUAGGGGGAGAACUACGAUAAAGAGGGAAGUUGAACUACCCGGCAGGGUAAAGGCUGAGGUGAUGGAGGUGAAACCUGAGGUGGAGAAGAAACCGACAGGGGAAAAUCAGUGGACAGAAAAAUAUUGUUCUUUCCACAAAACGGACUCUCAUAACACUACCGAGUGCAAUAGUGUUAAGGGGGUAAUUAAGCAUAUGAUCGAGGCUGGGGAGCUUGAUCAGGAAUAUUUAGCCCAGGCAAGACAAAAGAAGAAUCAGUGGGUCCGGCCCGAAGGACAAUCGGCCGACCAAAAUAAAAAGAAGAAAGCAGCCGGUAAGGAACAUGUAAAAAUGAUCUACGGUGGACCGGAGGGAGGAGAUUCGGCUUCUCAAAGAAAGAAAUGGGGACGAGAACUUUAUGUGGAUUCAUUUGCCUUUGACCCUAGGCAGAAGCAAACCAAACGGGAGCCGAUCAUUUUUACUGACCAGGAUCUUCCCAUCACGGGGGAAGAUCAUAAUGAUCCUCUAGUAAUCACCAUGGACAUGGGUGGAGUUGAUAUCUCCCGGGUACUUGUAGAAACGGGCAGUAGUGACAACGUUUUGUACCUGGAGGCCUUCGAGAAACUUAAGCUGUGUCGCACACGGCUUGAACCGUUAAAAACUCCCCUGUCCAGGUUCACCGGGGACUCUGUUAAAGCUGAGGGAACAAUCCUCAUAACAUGCGAGUUGGGAACGGGGGACAAAGUCAUGCAAAAGGAGAUGAGUUUUGUGGUAGUGAACAUCAAAUGUGUUCACAAUGCCAUCCUGGGCCGGCCAGGAAUUAACAAAGUCCGUGGAAUCAUCUCCAUGGCCCAUCUCUGCAUGAAGUUCUAUACACCGGGCGGUAUAGGACAAGUUAGAGGAGACCAGAAGAAAGCCCGAUCUCUUUAUCUCGAAGCUGUGAAGAAGACGACAAAGGCAUUCGAGAGGGUCACCUUGGGCCAAGCCCUGGCCGGCUUCCUAGUCAGACUGACCGGUCUGGAACCUGAGGUGGGACCAUCCCAUACGGUCGAACCAUGGUGGGACAUGGCCGUCGACGGGGCUUCAGGACCGAAGGGAUGUGGGACCGGGAUAGUUUUUACGACUCCUGAAGGAUUCAAGAUCUACCAUGCCUUGGUGUUUAACUUCAAGCUUACCAACAACGAGGCAGAGUAUGAGGCGCUGGCCGGCGGGCUCAGAUUAGCCCGGGCACUUGAUAUGCUUUCCAAACUAAUGCAAGCCUGCCCGGAGCAUGUAUCAAAUUUGGCCAAAACUGAGAUAUUAGACCUACCAAGUGCCGACUGGUUGGAAGUCGCGGCCGUCCAGCGUGGUCAGAGCUCGCCUGUUGGAGUGAUUGAAGCGGAUGAUGAGUGGAGAUAUGACCUCGUGGAAUACUUGAUGACCGGCCAGAAACCGGACGACGAAGAACGGGCCAGGAAGGUAGUCUUGCGGGCUCCCCGGUUUCAUGUUCUGGAUGGUCACUUGUACAAACGUGCUAUUGUAGGACCUUUACUACGCUACCUCACCGAUCCGGAGGUAGAAUGGGUGAUCGCCGAGUUUCGCCACCCCCGGUUCACGGCAUACUUGGCCAAUUUUGGGAUCAAGCAUUACAAGGCUUCGGUGGCGUACCCCCAAGGAAAUGGCCAAGUUGAAAAUGCUAACCGGACGAUAGUGGACGGGCGGAAAAAAAGGAGAGCAACCGGGGAGACGCCAUUCGUGCUAACUUACGGAUGUGAAGCCCGGUUACCAAUCGAGGCAGAAUUCCCAAUAUUUAGAGAAGCCGUGUAUCAAGUCGGUCAGAACGAGGUUGACCACAUGGCUGAGUUGAAUCUAGUGGAGGAGAGAAGAACGAUGGCAGCUAUCAAAAUGGCCAGGUAUCAGCAAUCAGUAAAGAGAUAUCAUGAUAACUGGGUUGGUCCACAUUAUUUCCAGGCGCACGACGAAGUCUUACGAAGGAGGGAUGCCAGUAAGCCCAACGAAAGAGGCAAGCUAGUGCGCAACUGGGAAGGGCCGUAUCGCAUUAAGGCGAUUAUCCGCCCGGGCACUUAUCAACUGGAAACCAUGGAGGGUGGACGAGUCGACCGGCAUUCGAACUCUCACCACCUGCGCAAGUUUUAUAGAUGAGUGUAAUAUGUUCCCGAUAAUGAAAUAAAACUUGUUCAUUUCAGAAGUAUCGUUUUUAAAGCCGGUCAAAAAUUGGUUACAGACCAGUCUAACCGGGUAGAUGUUCAAUCGAAUUGGACAUCCAAAAAAAAUAGCCAGCCGGUCUGGUCAAACUAUCCGUACUGACACAGAAUCAAAUGACGUAACCAAA